AUGGAGGGCUUGUCGCGCCUGGAUGAGCUUUGCCAGGAGGCAGGACGACAGGCUCCCGGAAAGACGAAGGACAAGGUACCAGCCAAAGAGAAUGGCGCCAAUGGCGGCGCGCCAUCGCUGGACGAUUUCUUAAAAAUGUUUGAAGAAGAGGACUCGACGUCCAGGUUGCCACGUGGGGCUGACUUGAUCGUGGCACGGAGUGAUGAAGAGGCAAAAGUUGCAGCCGAUGCAGCGGCGCCUGCGGCACUCUUGGAGGACGAAGAUGGUGACGUGGCGCACGUCUUUCUGGAGGAACCGGUCAAACCUUGGGACGAGGCUCUCAGCGAGGUGCCUCGCGAGAAGCUGAAGUCUCACGAGGUUGUGAAGGAAAGAAAGAGAGGAGGUUUCAGUGUCUCCAUGGACAGGCCUCGUGAGCGCGGGGCUCCAGCAGCGCCAGCACCAGCACCUGUCCGAGCAGACGCAAAGACAGAGGGAGCUGCAACUGCUGAAGGAAUCUUCAAGAAUUUCGGCAGCAACCGUGCUGAAGCCUUGCGGGCGCAGAAACAGGAAGCCGUUGACAGGCAGAAGGCACAAGCCGAUUUUUUUGCAAGAUUUGAGUCUGAGGGUGAUGGUCUUUCUGACAAGAGGGAGGAGGACGACGAUUUGCGGCAGAGGCUUGCCCGUUUAAAGGCACGACAGGCCGAGGAAGACAAGGACCUCGAAGAGUGCAAGGCUGAACAAUUAAAUGACAGUGUCGAGGAACGAAAGCAGGAAGAGGCACGACUACGAGCAGAGAUGAUGAAAAGCAGAGCACAGAGAUUAGCAGCGAAACGCAAGGAACGGCAGCAAGUGGAGCAACAAGGGGAAGGGCUCGAGGAGGAAAGGAGACGCACCGAGGAAGAGAGAUUGGAGGCCCAAAGGCGGCAAGACGAGGAAGAGCGCUUGGAAGCAGAACGGCGAAAAGCCGAAGAGGAGCGUCUAGAGAUGGAGAGAAAGCAGGAGCAAGAGAAGCUGCAAGAGGAAAGGAGGCGCGAAGAAGAGAGAUUGGAGGCCCAAAGGCGCGAAGAAGAGAGAUUGGAGGCCCAAAGGCGGCAAGAGGAGGAAGAGCGGUUGGAAGCAGAACGGCGAAAAGCCGAAGAGGAGCGCCUAGAGAUGGAGAGAAAGCAGGAGCAAGAGAAGCUGGAAGAGGAAAGGAGGCGCGAAGAAGAGAGAUUGGAGGCCCAAAGGCGGCAAGAGGAGGAAGAGCGCUUGGAAGCAGAACGGCGAAAAGCCGAAGAGGAGCGCCUAGAGAUGGAGCGAAAGCAGGAGCAAGAGAAGCUGGAGGAAGAGCGGUUGGAAGCAGAACGGCGAAAAGAGGAAGAGCGCUUGGAAGCAGAACGGCGAAAAGCCGAAGAGGAGCGCCUAGAGAUGGAGAGAAAGCAGGAGCAAGAGAAGCUGGAAGAGGAAAGGAGGCGCGAAGAAGAGAGAUUGGAGGCCCAAAGAUGGAGAGGAAGCAGGAGCAAGAGAAGCUGGAAGAGGUGCCCAAAGAGGCUCUCCAGGAGAAGACCAUGCAGGCCGCACCGAGACGACGUCGAGGAGGCUUCAGCUCAGUGGCCUCGAAGACAGAGGAGCCCGAGCUUCGAGCUCCAACUUCCCCCUCCGCUCCGGCUCCGGCCAUGCCGAGGCUUGAGCAGAUCAAGAAGCAGGACUUCUCCGGCAUACCGGCCGAGGAACUGCUGCCUACCCCUGCACGGCAAGCUGCACGCCUGCAGAGCGAGAAGUCGGAGGAUAGUGCAGACAUUCCAUCCAUGGAGGCCUUGCUUGCCAUGCUGGGAGAAGACCCGCCUGAAGACGCAGCUCGCGAGGAGCCGCCGGAGCCGGAGCCGUCCCCGCCGGUGCAGGAGAAGCCAACGUCGCGCAGACGCCGAGGAGGAUUCUCUUCUGCGAUCGGUGCUAGGCCAGCUGCUGCGCAGGUGCAGACGGGAUCCGCGACAUUGCGGGAGGGCGAGCAGGAAGUCCCUGCGGCAGAAGUCCCUGCGGCAGAUGAAGUUCCGUCCAUGGAGGCCCUGCUGGCCAUGUUGGACGAGGAUCGCGCUGGAUGAGCUCUUCUUGAAGGCAGUUCAAGCUGCUGUUGUUCCGGUUCCACUGGACACGAAGUUCAAGGCUGCUGCACAGCCAUGCCAAGAAGCGCAUGCCUGA